AUCUUUUUCCUCGUCACUCCACUGCGCUUCUGCAUCUCCACCAAAGAUCGCCAUCCCAGUCAAGCCCCCCCCUCUGAACGCCUCUGAAGCUCCCAAAGUUCCCCCCAUCCCCACAUCCUGUCUCGAGCAUAGCGUCAACAACCCUCUAGCAUGAGCUCCGCCACGGGCGGCAGCUUGAAGUGGACAGGCAGGCCGUGAGUGAUGCCGCCGAUGGGUGUGACAGGCAAGCUCACGGGGCAUGUAUAGACUGUAUGAGCUGGUCAUCAAGCAGCAGCCGGAAAGAGCGAGGUUGUGCUCGUACAAGGAAGAAAAUGACACGAGUGCGUACCGCGGUACCGCAUUCCAGAGGGCGCCUUUGCUUACUCCAUGCAGUCGACCGCAGGCCUGUAGAUCCACCGCCUGUGGUAGAAUUGAAGUGCCGCGGAGACCAAAAGUUCGCAGAGUGAGCAACUCGUAUUCUGCACAGUAUCACUUGCCUGACUUUCGCCUCUUACAGGCAACUCUUGCAAUCCACAGCCUUCUUUGUCCGCGCGGCUAUAGUGACGGCCGAGACUGUGCCCCUUACCUCUGAUCAAGCCUCGACAUCCUCACAAUCAGCUUCGCCAUUCUCCUCGCGCCCUCUCUCUCAUCCUCAGACUCAUUACGCUCCAGUACGGCUGAACUUGGGCGCGGAUGCAGCAACAGGCGAAGUCGUCCAGACUCCCGAAAGACUACGAUUACUCGAUGGUCGCGCGGCUGCUCUUUGCAUCUUUGCCAAACUUGGUGUCCGACUUCCUGGCACGUUUCGGCUCAAAUUCACCCUUUUCCGUUCGACCGAGGAUGGGCUGAUGGACAUGGCUCACACCAUCUCUGAGCCUUUCGAGGUUUUUUCACCGAAACUCUUCAAGGGGAUGCACGAGAGCACAAAUCUGACAAGGCAUUUGGCAGCACAAGGAGUCAAGGUCAAGCUGCGGACAGAUACGACCGUGGGCAGACAAAGCGUGAGAAGGCGUCGCGCAUCUGCCAUUUCAAGGACCCACUCUCCUCCAUUUUCCGGUCAACCGCCAGCCGUGAUUGCGCCUCAAGUGCAUUAUCAGCCUCCCCAUCCCCCACCCCUGCGACAGCCUCAGUCGAAUCAGACCCAUCCAGCAAAUCGUCCUCAUCCGCCAUCAAUCACCACGCACCAUCACCCUCAUACUAUGACUUCUCAUGCCAUGCUUCCUGAAGCAUCGUCAACGUCGUUCAGUAGCGGAUCACUGAGAGGCGCUGGUGACCUUGUAUGGAGAAACUCUUCUGAAGAGUCCGCCUACUACGAACCAAAUCCGUCGAGAAUAGUGUCAUCUGGUAGCAAGAGGCGUCAUGUCGAUGACGGUCUGGUGCGGCCACCAAUCAUCGGUAUGGGACAUGCAUCCGGCUCCCACGAUUUGUUCGCAUUCUCUUUGUCUCGCCGAGGCAGCCGGGAAAGUAGUCGUGACAGCCGUGCCACACACCUCUCGAACGAGAGCACCCCACGAUCGGCCUCCAACCAAAGCAAUUCCCAUCCACUCUCAUCACUAUCCUCUACUGCAUUUUCGCCCACCGCCAGCACCAGUAGGUCAUCGUCCUCCAUACCCACCCCAGCAUCUUCUCAAAUCCCUUGUGCUACCCAUCCUCCUCCUACCUGGUUUCCUUCCGCAAGGCUGAACGUGAGAGCAGGAGAUGACGGCAUUCCCAUCCUCCCACCACCCAAUUCGCACCGAUCACCAGGGGGCUUCGUGCCUGCUAGUCUCAACGAGGUUUUAGGAGAAUCAUCGUCGUCGGCCGGUGGCCUCGGUGGCCGACCGAUCACGGCGGGCUCGGGGCAGGGGUCUGGUCUGCGUUUCUCUGUGGACGGGGGUAGCUCUUUGGCAAACGCGGAGGGGACGGAAGAGUCUAUGAGCGAGGGGGUACAUCCCAAGAGGCAGGCUUUGGGUGCAAUAGUACCAGACGCCUCGUCCUUGAAGCUGCCCCCUCUGCGGCCGACGUUUUCGGAGAGCGGGCCUAGUGGCACUGGCAGUGGCAAAUGACCUCGCCAUUGGCAUAAAUUGGUUUUCAAUUCGUUGUUAUUUCUUCUACUUUGUUUCUAUCCUUAUAUGUUGUCGUUGUCUGCAUGUUCUAUUCUUCGUUUCUUUUGGGUUCUCGGUACCACUUUAUGUCAAUGUUAUCACGCUGUACACGCUUAUUUUUGUGGGCUAUCUAUUAGAAUACUCCUUUGCUUAGGGGAACUUAUGGUGUGAGGGUUUGUGAAGGUUUCUACUGGAGAUUUCCGGUGUUGGUUGUAAUAUGCAAUACAUGAGCCAUU